CUUUCUUUUUUCUUAUUACAAAAUAAAUAAUAAUAAAAAAUAAUGUCAAAAGCUGUUGGUAUUGAUUUAGGAACAACUUAUUCUUGUGUUGGUGUUUGGCAAAACGAUCGUGUAGAAAUCAUUGCAAACGAUCAAGGUAACCGAACUACUCCUUCUUUUGUGGCCUUUACAGACACUGAACGUCUUAUUGGUGAUGCUGCCAAGAAUCAAUCUGCUUUGAAUGCUGGUGGUACUGUUUAUGAUGCUAAACGUUUGAUUGGUCGCAAGUUUAAUGAUCCUGAAGUACAAGCUGAUAUGAAACAUUGGUCUUUCAAGGUGAUUGAUAAAGGUGGCAAACCUAUUAUUGAAGUUCCUUUUAAAGGUGAAAUCAAACAUUUUACACCUGAAGAAAUUUCUUCCAUGAUAUUGACCAAGAUGCGAGAAACUGCUGAAGCUUAUUUGGGCAACAAAGUUGAAAGCGCAGUCAUCACUGUACCUGCUUACUUUAAUGAUUCUCAACGUCAAGCUACAAAAGAUGCUGGUGCUAUUGCUGGUCUCAACGUAUUACGUAUCAUUAAUGAACCUACUGCUGCUGCUAUUGCUUAUGGUUUAGACAAGAAGACCAAUGGUGAACACAAUGUUUUAAUCUUUGAUCUUGGUGGUGGUACUUUUGAUGUUUCUCUUUUGACCAUUGAAGAAGGUAUUUUUGAAGUCAAGGCUACUGCUGGUGAUACUCAUUUGGGUGGUGAAGAUUUCGAUAAUCGUUUGGUCAAUCAUUUUAUUCAAGAAUUCAAACGUAAAUUCAAGAAAGAUAUGUCUGGAAAUGCUCGUUCUGUCCGUCGUCUUCGUACUGCUUGUGAACGUGCUAAACGUACUUUGUCUUCUUCUGCUCAAACUACUGUGGAAAUCGAUUCCUUAUUUGAAGGUAUUGACUUUUACACUUCCUUGACCAGAGCUCGUUUUGAAGAAUUGAAUCAAGAUCUUUUCCGUCAAACUAUGGAACCUGUUGAAAAAGUUUUACGUGAUGCCAAGAUUGAUAAAUCUUCUGUUCAUGAAUUGGUUCUUGUUGGUGGCUCUACUCGUAUCCCCAAGAUUCAAAAGUUAGUAUCUGACUUUUUCAAUGGCAAAGAACCCAACAAAUCUAUCAACCCUGAUGAAGCCGUUGCUUAUGGUGCUGCUGUACAAGCUGCUAUUUUGACUGGUGAUACUUCUGAAAAGACAGAUUCCUUAUUGUUAUUGGAUGUAGCUCCUUUAUCUUUGGGUAUUGAAACAGCUGGUGGUGUAAUGACUCCUUUGAUCAAACGUAACACUACUGUUCCUACCAAGAAAUCAGAAAUUUUCUCAACCUAUGCCGAUAAUCAACCUGGUGUAUUGAUUCAAGUAUAUGAAGGUGAACGUGCUCGUACAAAAGAUAACAAUAUUUUAGGUAAAUUUGAAUUAUCUGGUAUUCCUCCUGCUCCUCGUGGUGUACCCCAAAUUGAAGUGACAUUUGAUGUUGACGCCAAUGGUAUCUUGAACGUCAGUGCUUUGGACAAGACUACUGGUAAAUCAAACAAGAUCACAAUUACCAAUGAUAAAGGUCGUCUCUCCAAGGAAGAUAUUGAACGUAUGGUCAAUGAUGCUGAAAAAUACAAGGCAGAAGACGAAGCAGCAGCUGCUCGUAUUCAAGCUCGAAAUGCUGUCGAAUCUUAUGCUUAUAAUUUGCGCAAUACUCUACAAGAAGAAAAAGUCAAGGACAAAUUGGAACCUGCUGAUAAAGAAAAGUUGGAAAAGGCCAUCCACGAAACCAUCGAAUGGUUGGACAACUCUCAUGAAGCUAGUAAAGAUGAAUAUGAAGGUCGACAAAAAGAAUUGGAAGAAGUGGCCAAUCCUAUCAUGAUGAAACUUUAUCAAGGUCAAGGCGGUGGUCCAGGUGGUGCUCCAGGUGGUUUCCCUGGUGGUGCUCCUCCCGGUGCUAGUGGUGAAGAUGGACCAACUGUUGAAGAAGUCGAUUAA